AUGAAUGUCAACGAACAAAGACCAAUCGGACCAAAAUGGAAAGGAAGCAAAUUUGAGAUGCGAUGUGGGCUGUUUGGACUUUCUUGUCACGUGGGCAUCGUCUUGGUCAUAAAUAUGAUCAGCUCGAUGGUGGUUUUGGCGACGCAGGGAAUCUUUAUUUAUAAGAAAUCGAGUACUUUUGCUCUUGGCGGUUUUACUGGACCGUUUUUAGACAUCUUCCUGGUCUUCAUUUGCGUCACCAUGUGGUGCUGCAAUCUUUCAAUCACCCUCGUCCGCAUGCAAUUCGCCUUCGCCAUCCUAACAGCAAUUUGUUCCGGCGCCCUCUUUGUCAUCGAUUGCGCCCUAGUUGCCGUUUUCAUUUUGCUUGAUGAAAGUCAAUUUGCGAUUUUGGUACUUCUAUGUGAAAUUGCGGGAGCCUUUGGUCUUUUUUGCACGACAAUUCCAUUCUUAGUCGGGGGCAACUGGCUUCUUUCGGUCAAACAGGCCGAGGAGGAGAAAAGAAAACUCAAGACGACUGAUUCCUGGAUCGUCCGAAACCGCGUCCAACCCGGCCUCCAAAUUCUCGACAUUGACGAAAUCGCCGCUCAAAACACUGCAUCAACAGGAAUCUACUCGAUUUCCGCGAACGAUUCUUUUCGAUUCUCACCAACAAAUGGCCCGAUUUUGAGACCUGUUCAUCUCGGCGAAUGCCCCCCGAAUUACUCGGAUAUUUUUCCGAAGAGCUUUCCGUGGGGAGAGAGAAGAUAUGAGGACUCGAUUGUUGCUGAGAAAGCAGAUGAUUUUACGCUGGUGAAGACGAGCAUUGGUUAUCAUGUUUAA